UAGAGUUGAGAGGAAACUUGUUUAGAUGAACUUGGGGUGUUGAGGAGAAAGAUUGGUCACUGGGAAAGGAAUGCAUUCAAUCAGGAACUUCUUCUGUGGCCGCUGGUCAUGUGACGUGCGUCUGGACGGUCAGACUGUCAUCAUCACAGGAGCUAACACUGGAAUCGGCAAAGAGACAGCCAGGGACCUGGCCAAGAGAGGUGCUCGCAUCAUCAUGGCGUGUAGAGACAUGGAGAAGGCGGAGGGCGCCAGGAAAGAGAUCACAGAAGAUUGUGGAAAUGAAAACAUUGUCGUUCACAAACUGGAUCUGUCUGACACCAAGUCUAUCAGAGAGUUCGCUGAGCUGGUUAACAAGGAGGAGAAGCAAGUCAAUAUCCUGAUCAACAACGCUGGCAUCAUGAUGUGUCCCUACUCUAAGACCAAGGACGGCUUCGAGAUGCAGUUUGGAGUCAACCACCUGGGCACCGGUGUGAGUGUGUUCUCCCUCCACCCGGGCGUGGUCCAGUCAGAACUAUGGAGACACCUGAACAGUCGUGUCCAGGUAGCGGUCAAGGUGUUCCGGCCGUUCACUAAGUCCUCUGUCGAGGGAGCUCAGACCUCCAUAUACUGUGCUGUGGAGCCAGGACUGGAGAAGGAGAGUGGAGGAUACUACAGCGACUGUGCGCCUGCAAGGUGCUCCAGGACAGCUUCUGAUGACGACUUGGCCCAUAAACUGUGGGAGCUGAGCUGCAAGAUGCUGGCCAUCACCUGGGAGUGAACACACGACACUAGGUUGCAUCUCAAAUGGCCCCCUAGUCCUCAUGUAGUGCACUAAAUACAUUGUGGAUAUAGUGCACGACUUGGCUUUGGCCAACAGCAUUUUUGUCUAUACAGUGCAUACUAUUUGAUAUUUGGCAAGAUUUUUUUACAGUUAUUCUAUUCUCAAUAUUUAGAUUGCAAUAUGUAAAGAGCAUUACUACUACAGUUGAAGUCAGAAGUUUACAUACACUUAGGUUGGAGUCAUUAAAUCUUGUUUUUCAACCACUCCACAA